AUGGAAGUCCUGACAGCCAUCGAGGGGUGUGAAGACACUCGGCUGAAGGCCCGCUUCCUGAAAGCUAUUUCCUUGGUGUCCCGCGCCCUUGACCUGUAUGGGACCCGGGGGGUGGCAUUCAGCUUCAAUGGAGGCAAGGACAGCACUGUGCUACUGCAUCUCCUUCGUGCCACAGUGGCGCAGCGGCAGCGCCUGCAUGAAGCCACCGUGGGCACCCCCAAUGGCUUCUGCGACGACCUGCCUCUGGGUGGCGUGUUGACCUUCUUUUUCCACCACGACACCGACUUUCCUGAGAUUCUGGAAUUCACCCAUGAGACCAAUAAGCAGUAUGGGCUGUGCAUGGAGAUUCUGACGGGGGACUUUAAGCAGGGCCUGGAGCAGCUGCUGCAGCAGACGCACAUCCAGGGCAUCAUCCUGGGCACGCGCAGGGGCGACCCUAACGCCGCAGACCAGGAGACCUUCUGUCCAAGCAGUGUUGGCUGGCCACCCUUCAUGCGCAUCAAUCCCAUUCUGGACUGGAGCUAUCAUGACGUGUGGGGCUUCCUCAACCUGGCGCACGUUCCAUACUGCUGCCUGUACGACCAGGGCUACACCUCGCUGGGAGCAGUCUCCAACACUGUGCCCAACAGUGCGUUGCGGCUAGAAGAUGGCAGCUACGCACCAGCGCACAUGCUGCCAGAUGCGCGGCUAGAGCGUGCAGGGCGACAGUCAAAGGUGCAGCGGCAGGUCAGCGAAGCAGGGAGUGCAAACCGCACAGCAGCGCUGCUGAUCAUUGGGGAUGAAAUCCUCUCAGCAAAAGUGGAGGACGCAAACACCCCCUUUCUUUGCCGCGAACUACGAGCCAUCGGGUGGACGGUUAAUAAAGUGGUGGUUGUGCGGGACGAUGUGCUAGCCAUUUGCCAGGAGGUGCGAAGACUGUCGGCAGCCCACGACAUCGUCAUCACCGCUGGAGGCUUGGGGCCCACACUGGAUGAUGUGACCAUGGCGGCACUGGCAGAAGCGGUGGACCAGCGGCUGGCGCUGCACCCUCAGCUGGAGUCGCGGAUUCGCAAGAAAUUUGGCGACAAUACGACAAGCGCGCACCUGAAAAUGGCAGAGGCACCUACUGGUAAGGAGUAG